AUGAUCAAGAAAAAACCUUAAAUCCCUUAAAUUAAGGACUCAGAGUUGAUCGAUAAAAAUCAAACCAAAAAAUAGAUGAGAACUGUACCAUAUUCCCAUAGCCAAUCCAUUUAAGAAGAGGAAGAACAUUCCUCAUUGUCUUAGAUAAACAUCUAUGGUCACUCCAAGCCUACUUUCUUAAUGACUUUUCCUCAAUAACCAAGAGACUUUUAAGGAAGUGAAGACUUAAGAGCCCCUACUAUUAUAACCAAUUUGAUUUCCAAUAAAAGUCAAGAGCAAGUUGCUAUUAAACAGGAUGGUCGAAAAUAACAUUAAGUUCAUUACUUAGAUGAAAGUUCCUAAUUUUCUUCCCAGCUUAAUUCAAUGCGUUCAAUUUUGGAAAAUAAAAAAUCUAUGUAAAUCAAUUAGGAUAGGGUAAAAUUAUUGGUUAAUCAUAUGAAAGUUAAAUUUUUGAAUUUAAUUCACUAUUCCAAAUAUAAUGAUCCCAUCCUUACCCAAGAAUAUUAAGAACUUUCCCCCCUCAAGUACCAUUACUUCACUAUGUAUAUAUUUCUAUCCACUACCUUAUCGAAUAUCCUCUCAUGUAUUUUCAUUCCAAUUACUUAAUUUUUUGAUGUCUCCCAAAUCAUAAAAAUCAUUUCUUAUAUGGCUUAUGGAUUGGCAUGUCUAACUAUUUGCCAAGACCUAAUAUUUUAAAGGGGCCCUUACAAAUUGUCGAGGGGAAUCAUUAAAGUCAAUUACAAGGAUAACAAAAAGAAAAUAUUCGACAUCUUAAGACUUGUCCUGUUGUCUCUAAGCAGUGUUUUUGAAAUAGAUAACAGAGCAAAAUUAGUAGCGAUCUUAUUGAUGAUGCUAUUCUAAUUCUUUAGGUAAGUGGAAAAUUUUGAAAAUAUCUACAAGUCCACUCACCAUUUUAUUUUUGUAUUCUAACUGUGGGUGUCAAUAGUAGUUUCCUUUGCUUGUAUUUAUCAAGUUUCUCACUGCGAGGAGGAUCCAAGUCUUUACUUUUGUAUUACUUUUGCUAUUUCCUUGUUGACCCAUUGUUCUAAUAUAUGUAAAAUAGACAUUAGCAUUUUAGCCAUUGAAAUAACUAGUUAAAAUUCAUUAGUGAUAUCCAUUUACAUGGUUCUAUCUUACCUUUGUUUAGCUUACACAACAAUGAUCAUUUAUAUUUGGAUUAAACCAGAUAUAGAGAUUGAAGAGGAGAAACAAAAGCUACUCAAAGGGUUUGUUGAAAGAUUUAGGGAGAAAUGUGAAAAUGAUGGACUUUUAAAAAGGUGUUACUCGUAUUUAGAAUUUAGAAUAGAUGAAGAUUUAAACAAAACGAAAGAUCAACUAACUAAGAAGCUGAGUCCUGAAUUAGAGGAUGAGAUUGAUCUGUCUUUGAGAUCAACUAUGAUUGAUAAGAUUGAAUUGAUGAAUAGAUUCUCUCCUUAAUUCAAAUAAUAAUUGCUUUAUGAAAUUGAAUAAGUGACAUUUAAUCCAGAAGACAAUAUCAUAAUUGAACAUCAAAUAGAGGAUUUGGGAUUGUUUUAUAUUUUAAAAGGAUAAGUUAAGGUUUAAUUUUAAGGUUCUUCCUUUGGUACCAAUAAAAGAGCAGUAACAACUUUGUGUGAAGGAUAAACUUUUGGAUAAUAUUCUUUUAUUACAGGGAUUCCUUCAAACAUUAGUAUCUUCAGUUCAGGAGUCACCACAUUGAUGAAAAUAAAGAGAUCUGAUUUCACAUUAAUAAUAUCGAAUUAUCCAAAAGACAAUGAAAUAUUUUGCACAAUGAAAGAUAAUGCGUUUUAUAAUUCCAAGUUAUUUGAAUGCUAUUAUUGUAAAAUCAGAGGACAUUACGUAGUAGAAUGUAGACAUUUAUAAUAUUUUCCUUAAAGAAUAAAUGCAAUCGAAAAACAUUUAUAUACUGAAAAAUAACAAAGAAGAAAAUAUUCAAGGAGGUUAAGAAAAUAUUUUGCUUGGCAAGAUAUGAGUUUGAAUCAGGAUAAGGCCAGAUAAUAUGCUAAUAGAUAGAGUUAAGAGUAGGUCUCAGAUGAUUUGCCUGAAACUUCCCAAUUGCCCUAUUCUGAAAAUUAAACACAUUAAUCAGUGAGUUUUGUAAGCAAUUCUUUGGCAUAGAAAAAUUAUAGUCCUGAUUAAUAACAAUCAGCUAGCAAUGUAAAUGUAGAAAGUUUAGACCAAUUUAACAUUGAAUAAGAAUGUCAGGAUGAACAAACAAUUCCAAUAUAAGAACAAUAAGUAAAAAGUAUUAGAAAGAAUUCAAAUAAAACAACCUUAAAAACUGCAGGGUUCCCUAUUAAUUUCGACCCCAACAAUAUCACAAAUUUAGGGAAUAAUUUAUCAGUUAUAGAGAAAGAUGAUAGGGAGAUCCUGAAUUAACUAUAGGAGGCUCAAAUGACUAAAGAUAGAACCGUUCUCUUUCCUGCAGGGAGAAACAAUAAUUAAAACAAACUAACAUUUCAGUAUUAUAAAGAAGCCUCAUCAGGAAUCCUACUCAAAGAAGAUCCAAUUAAAACUGAUUCUUAUCAGUAAUAACAAAUACAACAGCAAUAGUAAUAACAAUUAACUCAUAAUACUUUAAAAUAAUCCAUAAGACAACCUUCAAAUAGAUCGUAUACAUAUUCAAAUUCAUUGUCUAAAGAUAUCUCCAACAAUCCUUCAUCAAAUUCCAGAUAAAAUAAAUCAUAGAAACUAUCCAUAUUAUCUAGUCAAAACAGAGUUGUAGAUUAGCCAGGGGUUAAGAAAAUCAAUAGUUCCAAGUCCCUCAGUGAAUAAAACAAAUUAAACAACAAUAAGAGCCUAAAAUCAGGUACCAAGUAGAGUACUCCAAAUUAAAUGUCCUAGUUCUAAGCUUUAACAACUCCAGAGAACCAAGGGUACUUUAUUAAUGAUAUUUUAUUCAACAAAUUCGAAAAAAUGCAGGAGUACAAAAUUUACUAUCCACACAACAACUAUAAUCAAGUUAUUGAUCGCUAUGUUAAAUUUUUGGAUUCAAACAGAAAAAACUAUUUCAAAAGGAAAAAGUUAAAUUCUGGUACUCCUUAUUCGAUAAAAUGUUUUGUUGCAUCCAAAAUUAAAAGAGUAAAAAAGCUAUUAUAAAACUGA